AUGGCCAAAGCAAAAUGUUACAAGUGUGAAGAAAAAUGUGGCAAAGGAAAAAUCAGCCUCGAGGAGUUACAAAAACUAGAAAUGGCAUACAAAGCAUUUUUGAGAACAGAUUCCAAAUCGCUGGUAAAAAAAUAUUUAACCAGGGACGUGUUUGAUAGACUAAAGUACAAAAGGACUACUUUCGGAUCCACUCUGUUGGACUGUGUGCAAUCUGGUUUUGAAAAUCCGGACUCCAACAUAGGGAUUUACGCAGCUGAUCCAAGUGCAUAUGUAGUUUUCGCAGAUAUAUUCAACCCGAUCAUACAGGACUACCACAUCGGUUUCAAAAAAUCAGACCACCACCCUGCAACCGACUGGGGCUCCCUGGACAAAAUAGGAAAUUUAGAUCCGAAGGGGCAAUACGUGGUGUCGACGAGAGUCCGCUGCGGCAGAUCCAUCGAGGGAUACCCCUUCAACCCUUCGCUCACCGAGAGCCAGUACUGGGACAUAGAAAACAAAAUGAUAUCUGUUUUAAACGGCCUAGAGGGAGAAUUGAAAGGCACCUACUAUCCCCUGAACGGAAUGACGAAAGAGACCCAGGAGAAGCUGAUCGAAGACCACUUCCUCUUCAAGGAAGGGGACAGGUUCUUACAGGCAGCUAAUGCUUGUCGGUACUGGCCCGUAGGACGGGGCAUCUACCACAAUCAAACCAAGACGUUUUUGGUGUGGGUAAACGAAGAGGACCAUAUAAGGAUUAUUUCCUUGCAACCUGGAGGCGACCUAGGCGCGGUGUACAAGAGAUUCGUGUCGGGCGUGGCGGAUAUCGAGAAGAAAGUUAAGGUUAUAAAGAGCGACAGGCUUGGGUACUUGAACUUUUGCCCAACUAAUUUAGGUACUGCGAUUAGAGCAUCAGUUCACAUAAAAAUACCAAAACUAGCGUCAAACAUGACAAGACUGAAUGAAAUCGCAGAUAGGUACCACCUUCAAGUCAGAGGCACGGCUGGAGAGCACACCGAGGCGAAGGGCGGGGUUUACGAUAUAUCCAACAAAAGACGGUUGGGGCUUACUGAAGCUGAGGCUAUCCAAGAAAUGUACAACGGAAUUGUCGAAAUAAUUAAACUUGAAAAAAGUUCUUAA